UCUUCUCCAAGCCUUAAUUUCUUCUAUCAUUACUGCUAUCUCUACUGCUGCUGCUGCUGCUAAUUGACACAACUAGAUGGGCAAGAAGAAGGUGGCAUUGGCCGGCCGGGCAUGGAGCCUGCUGCGGUUGGCCCUCCUAUGGGCUCGGAAGGGCGGCGCCUUAAAACGGGGCCCAAUGUUCGACCUCCGCCACCUCCACGGCUACCUUAAGAGCCUCAAGCCUGGCGGCGGCCGCUCCGAUAGGCUCCACUACGGUGAGCGCGAAUUUUCCUUCGAAGAGACCCCUGCCUUCCAUUUCAAGACCCCAUCGAUGCGGCUUCCCUGCCUCCCCUGCAUAACUCCGGCCGUUGAUUUCGACAACGACGAUCACUAUAUCCUCUUCAAGCGUGAGAAAAGGAAUGCAUUCUUCGAUGAAGAACCGAAAACAGAGUGUUCUGUGGACAGCGGUGAAGCUAGUCGAGAUGAUGAUGGUGAGGAAUCGAUCGAGGUGGAGGGAGAACAAGGGAUCGACUCGAAGGCUGAGGACUUCAUAGCCAAGUUCUACAAGCAGAUGAAGCUACAGCGCCAAGUCUCGUUGCUUCAGUAUAACGAGAUGCUUCAUAGAGGCAUGAGUUGAUUAGGAUACACUUGCAAAGAAAUCGAUGUGAAGAUUGAGUCACCAUCUUUUCUUUCAUCUGCUUGCUUAUCAUACUUUGAAUACCUACGUUUCUUGUGGCGGCGGUGUAAAUAUUGAGAGCUCUCGUUGGAGAGCUUUUGAUGCAUUUAUGAGUUUAUAUAGAUAAUUCGUGUCUUCUGUUGGUGUCAUUUGGUCCCAUCAAUGGUUUUCAAGUAAAUGAAGCAUGAUUUGUGAGU